GUGGGAGUGUCAUAUCAAUCUGUUGAUUUCAUUGGCUGAGCAAUAAAGAAACUGCUGGCCCUGAUAGGUUAAAAGAUAGGUGGGUGAAAUAAACAGAAUAGGAUGCUGGGCGGAAGAGGAAAUGAGGUCAGACUCUGCUCUGCUUCCAGAGGGACCGGAGACGCCAUGCUCUGCUCUCCCAGGCAGCUCCAAUCCACGAUGGACUUAGGCUAGAAUCUUCCAGGACUACAGCCAGUGGGCUGAAGCUGCUCACAGUCAAGGGACCUUGAGAAGCGAUGCGCAUCUCCAAACUGCCGGCUGCUCUCCUCAUCCUUUCUGUGGCACUAAACCACCUGAAAGCUGCACCCGUCAGAAGUGGAACCAACCACCAGAUGGACAAACGGAAGUGCAAUACCGCAACCUGCGCCACACAACGCCUGGCAAACUUUUUGGUCCAUUCCAGCAACAAUCUUGGUCCUGUCCUCUCAUCCACCAAUGUGGGAUCAAACACAUACGGCAAGAGGAACACCAUGGAGAUUCCAAACAGGGAAUCUUUGGAUUUCUUACUCCUUUAGAGUCAAUGUGCUUCUUCAUCUCUUGUUAUUUUAUGUGUAAAUGUUCUGGUAUAAUUUAAUAGUGCCUUUUCCAUUUCCACUAUCCAUGCACAAUGUUGUGUCCCGUGCUUUCUGGGUGUGUGUGAAUCCUCAUUCUAAGAAUUGCUUUAAACUGAAGACUGAUCAAGUUCAGGCUGAAGGCAAUGUCUCUUAACACAACAAUGUGGUGAUAUUUCAUUUGUAUUUUAAUAAAUAAAGCUUGCCUAAAGAUCAGAGAGUAAAACAGCAGUUUGACAUAGAAACCAAGCGGUAGUGGUGCACACCUACAAUCCUAGGCCUAGAGAGGAAUAUAAAAUGGGAGGAAACAGCACUCAGCCUCAUUCUGAGAUUCCUGGAGGCAGGAUCACCACUUUGGAAUGAAGUAGAAGUAAGAGCCAGGGACUAACUGUUUUGUUUUUUCAACCUUCAGUUCAAGCCCCAAUAUCAGUCUUUGGGUUUUCAAUAUUUGUGCUACACAGCAUGUUCUUGCAAUACUUAAAACUUCUUUUUCUAACUUGUAACUUUGUGAUUCAAGUUUAAUAAUAAAGGAGACCAUAGGAACAUGAAACUUGAGAAGUUAUUAAUGAUUAGUAGCAAAGUUCUGAUUUUGGACAUUGGAAAAACAAAUAUUCUAGGUACCUGUUCAGAUGUCAUUUCAAAAUAAAUUAGCAAAAUUGUUUCAGGAUAUUUGAUCACACUGUGAACCCCAAGUUUGUGUUAUUUAUUGGAAAAAGCUGUUUCUAGUCGUGGUGUGGCUCAGCCCUAGCACACAUCUUUAAUUCCAGAGCUUUCUGUUUAUUGUAAAGAGGACUAAAUAAAGUCAAUCAUAAGUCAAGAGGUGGAGCAAGCAACCAGUUGACAGGAAGUGAACAUUAAAAAACCAUACAGAGUAAGAAAGAAUCAGGAGGAUGGAUUGCGAGAGGCGCAGGAAGUAGAAGGGAGGGACAUUUGGUUUGAGGGGUUUGUUGUUUGUUUUUUUGUUUUUAGACUAUGUAAGAGAAAGGCCUUAGAUCCUUACAUUCUGGGACACUCGUGGGGGAGGAAGAUCAAUCAGGUGCUUGUUCUGCCUCUCUGAGCUAGCAGGCUUUCACCCCCACAUCUGGCUCCUGAGUCUUUAUUGGUAUUGAUAAAAUCAAAUGCUUGAGAUCUAGUCAAAAACAACACAAAAUCUUGCUCUGAUUUAAUUAAUUUUUUUUUACAUUCUGCUCUUUAGUGUGCUUGUUGAUACCAAGCAUCUGUUUUGAAUGUUAAAGGUGGUUUGUGUCCAUGAGGGGGUUCAUUGUAUUUUCUGCUGUGAGUUUUAAUGACAUCUAUGACUUUAUUUUGUUGAAUAAAAAGUAUCCUGUCUUCU